AUGUCUUCGAACGAAACAAACACACAAGUGACAGGCGAACCAAGUCACAUUGCGGUUGAUGUUCCACCAACUCCAGAGAGACUGCCUAUGACCAGAACUUACUCGCAAUCUCCUGCUGAUCUUGAUAAAUUUGAAACACAAAGUGUCCACGAAAAAGUCGCACCAUAUAAACACGAAGGUCCAUGGUAUAAAGAUACUACGAAAAAAAGAUUGCUUGGAUUUUCUAUUAUUGCAUUGAUUAUUAUUAUCCUUAUCUCCCAGUGUCGGUCUCCCAGACAAUUAAGAACAAAUAAAAAGGUUUUUUUUGGAAAACUCCUAUAA